AUGAUCCAUGUCAUAUCGGGUGGUUCAGAAAUCAGCGGCAUAAGCCAUGCAGCCGCGAAGAAAGCCACCUGGAACGCUAAGCAUGGCCUAGAGGCAGCCAAGCCAAAACGCCUGCUCCUAGGAACAGACGAAAUAAGCUUCACGGCCAAGGAACAGGAAAAAGUUCUCACACCGCAUCACGACGCCCAGGUUAUAUGGCUCACCGUAGCGAACUGCCUGGUAAAAAGGAUACUGGUAGAUAAUGGAAGCUCCGGCAACAUCAUCUUCCAGGCCGCAUACAAGGACCUGGGGCUGAAGAAAAGCGCUCUAACUCGGAGGAUAACCCCCCUUAUAGGGUUCAGUGGGGAAGUCAAACAAACCGCCGGGGAAGUAACCCUCCCCGUAUACGUUGAAGGAGUCAACAUGUCAACCAAGUUCCUCGUUAUCGACUGCGACUCGUCUUACAACAUGAUCCUAGGACGGCCUUGGAUUCACGGCAUGGUGGCCAUCCCCUCGACUCUUCACCAAAUGGUGAAAUUCCUUACACCAUGGGGCAUAAAGGCAAUCAGAGGGGAUCAGGAGUAUUCCCGCUCCUGUUACCAGACCACUCUGAAAGGAAAGACCAAGGUCUUAUAG